CCGGUGCCCGUAGUUGCGGCUGUAGCUGCAGCCGCCUCCAGAGCUGACCCGGGUCUGGGGACCGGCACCUCCUGGCGCCGUUCGGUUUCUCCGGCUGCUUUCACUGAGGAUGAGUUCCUGUGUGGCUGUGCGCCGACCCCGUGGAGACCACCGGUGCAGUUUCAUCUAGCGACUGGUCACCCUCGCAAUUAUGGAUUUUUAAAAGGAUCAGACAGUGUGGAGGGGGAGUUCCCCUCCUCACUCCCCCUUGGUGCUUGACUCCAGAAAUAAUUUAUAAACUGUGGAACUUUUUUUAAAUGAAGAACUUGUAUUUGAUAUGACCUUUAUAGAGUUAUUUAUAACUUUUUCUGAUUUAAGUGCCAAAAAGAUUAUACAAAGAUAUAUAUAGUUUUAUACUGUUGCCAUGAGGAUUUAAAUUAUAAUCCAAAAAGGGUCAUUUAUUUUCUUUCUUCCUGAAAAGCAUCUUCCUGUCCUGGUUUUUUUCAUUUUUAAUAAUUAGUCUUAAGUGACUAUUCUGAGCAAGUAAGCUGUGUAAAAACAAUUAGGAUGAGUUCUUCCAUCCCUGACUGCACCUCAAAAUGUCAAUCCCUGAAGCAUGCUUUGGAUGUUCUUUCUGUUGUAACAAAGGGAAGUGAAAAGCAGAUUAAGGCUUUUCUUUCCAGUCAUUGUUACAAUGCUACAACUAUCAAAGAUGCCUUUGGCAGGAAUGCUCUCCACCUUGUUUCUUCCUGUGGAAAGAAAGGAGUGUUAGAUUGGCUUAUUGAGAAAGGAGUGGAUCCACUGGUAAAAGACAAGGAGUCAGGCUGGACAGCAUUGCACAGAAGCAUUUUUUAUGGACAUAUUGAUUGUGUUUGGUCUCUCUUGAAGCAUGGUGUUAGUCUGUAUAUUCAAGAUAAAGAAGGCUUAUCAGCUUUGGAUCUUCUAAUGAAGGAUAGACCAACUCACGUGGUAUUCAAGAAUACUGACCCUACAGAUGUCUACACUUGGGGAGAUAAUACAAAUUUUACUCUGGGUCAUGGAAGCCAGAAUAGCAAACAUCAUCCAGAGUUGGUGGAUCUGUUCUCUAGGAGUGGUAUUUACAUCAAGCAGGUGGUGCUUUGUAAAUUUCAUUCAGUGUUUCUGUCUCAGAAAGGUCAUGUUUAUACCUGUGGUCAUGGUCCUGGAGGGCGUUUAGGCCAUGGAGAUGAACAGACUUGCUUGGUUCCCAGGCUUGUGGAAGGACUGAGUGGUCAUAAUUGUUCCCAAGUGGCAGCUGCUAAUGAUCAUACUGUUGUAUUAACUGAAGAUGGAUGUGUUUACACAUUCGGUCUAAAUAUUUUUCAUCAAUUAGGGAUUGUUCCUCCACCUUCCAGUUGUAAUGUACCCAGACAGAUGCAGGCAAAACAUCUUAAGGGAAGGACAAUCAUUGGUGUAGCAGCAGGCAGAUUUCAUACAGUGCUGUGGACUAGAGAAGCUGUUUAUACUAUGGGACUAAAUGGUGGACAACUGGGAUGUUUACUAGAUCCCAAUGGAGAAAAGUAUGUAACUGUUCCUCGUCAAGUCUCUGCCCUUCAUCAUAAGGAUAUCACUCUCUCUUUGGUUGCUGCAAGUGAUGGAGCCACAGUCUGUGUUACCACAAGGGGAGAUAUUUACCUACUUGCAGACUAUCAGUGCAAAAAGUUGGCAUCUAAACAACUAAACUUGAAAAAGGUUCUUGUGUCUGGGGGUUGUAUGGAAUAUAAGGUUGAUCCCGAACAUUUGAAAGAAAAUGGGGGUCAAAAUAUCUGCAUUCUUGCAAUGGAUGGAGCUGGAAGGGUAUUUUGCUGGAGAUCAGUCAGCAGUUCUCUGAAGCAGUGUCGAUGGGCCUAUCCACGCCAGGUCUUCAUUUCUGAUAUUGCAUUAAAUAGAAAUGAAAUUUUGUUUGUCACACAGGAUGGGGAAGGAUUUAGAGGGAAAUGGUUUGAAGAAAAAAGAAAGAGUUCUGAAAAGAAAGACAUUUUAUCAAACCUGCAUAAUACCUCAUCAGAUGGGUCUUAUGUUUCUGAUAUAAAUAGUGUGUAUGAAAGAAUUCGACUCGAGAAACUUACUUUUGCUCAUAGAGCCGUUAGUGUCAGCACAGAUCCAAGUGGAUGCAACUUUGCAAUCCUGCAGUCAGAUCCUAAAACAAGCCUUUAUGAAAUUCCAACUGUGUGCUCCUCAUCCUUUUCUGAAGAAUUUGGCAAACUGUUGAGGGAAGCAGAUGAAAUGGACAACAUCCAUGAUGUAACAUUUCAAGUUGGCAAUAGAAUCUUUCCUGCACAUAAAUAUAUUCUGGCAGUGCGUUCUGACUUUUUUCAGAAAUUGUUUCUUUCAGAUGGUACUACUUCAGAAUUUACAGAUAUUUACCAGAAAGAUGAAGAUUCUGCAGGGUGCCAUCUCUUUGUAGUAGAGAAAGUUCAUCCCGAGUUGUUUGAAUACCUUUUACAAUUCAUAUAUACAGAUACUUGUGACUUUUUAACUCAUGGCUUCAAGCCAAGAAUAACCUUAAACAAAAAACCAGAAGAAUAUCAGUGUACUCUGAAUUCUCAUGUGAAUAAAAUAAAUUGCCAUGAAGAUGAUAAUCAGAAGACAGCAUUUGAAGUUUACAAAAGUAAUCAAGCUCAUACAAUUAGUGAAAGGCAAAAGAGCAAACCUAAAUCUAAAAAAGGAAAAAGUACUGGGGAAGAUGAUCCUGUAAGAAUGUUGCAAAAUGUUGCAAAGAAAUUUGGCCUCAGUAACCUGAGUAGUAGGUUAGAUGGAGUCAGAUUUGAAAAUGAAAAAAUUAAUGUUAUUGCUAAGAAAACUGGUAAUAAGCUGAAACUAAAUCAGAAAAAAUGUUCAUUUCUGUGUGAUGUGACCAUGAAAUCAGUGGAUGGAAAGGAAUUUCCUUGUCAUAAAUGUGUUCUUUGUGCUAGACUUGAAUAUUUUCAUAGUAUGCUGAGUAGCUCAUGGAUUGAGGCUUCCAGUUGUGCAGCUCUGGAAAUGCCAAUACAUUCAGACAUACUGAAGGUUAUUUUGGACUACCUCUAUACUGAUGAAGCUGUGGUGAUAAAAGAAUCUCAGAAUGUGGAUUUUAUUUGUAGUGUUCUUGUGGUGGCUGAUCAGCUUCUUAUAACUCGAUUGAAAGAUAUUUGUGAAGUAGCAUUAACUGAAAACCUUACCCUUAAGAAUGCUGCUAUGCUCCUUGAAUUUGCAGCAUUGUAUAAUGCUGAACAACUGAAACUGUCUUGUUUACAGUUUAUAGGACUGAAUAUGGCAGCUUUACUUGAAGCAAGGUCUCUUGAUGUUUUAAGUGAUGAUGUUUUGAAGGAUCUUUCUGUAUUUUACAGAAAAAUGAUUCCAGCAAUGGAUAGACGAAUCAUUACACCUUAUCAGGAUGGACCAGAUAUUAGCUAUUUGGAAAUAGAAGAUGGAGACAUCUUUUUGAAUGAAGAAAUAAAUAUGGAACAAAAUUAUUCGGAAACCAUGUUUAAAAAGGCAAAAACAAAAGCUAAAAAGAAGCCACGUAAGCGUUCAGAUAGUUCUGGAGGUUAUAACCUCUCAGAUAUUAUUCAGAGUCCACCAUCUACAGGAUUAUUAAAGUCUGGUAAGACCAAUUCUGUGGAAUCUCUUCCAGAACUAUUGACAUCAGAUUCUGAAGGAAGCUAUGCAGGUGUGGGUAGUCCUAGAGAUUUACAGUCCCCUGAUUUCACAGCAGGAUUUCAUUCAGAUAAGAUUGAGGGGAAAGUUAAACCAUAUCUUAAUGGUACAACUUCUACAUCUUCUAGGGAAGAUGUAAAACCAUGGGAAAAAUCAUCAAUACUUAAAGUAUCUACUCCACAGCCCAUUCCCAGUAACAAAAUUGAUACAACAGGUUCUUCCAGCUGGGUUGCUGGCUCUUUCAGUCCUGUCAGCCCUCCUGUCGUGGAUCUCAGAACGAUCAUGGAAAUAGAAGAAAGUAGACAAAAAUGUGGAGCUACACCUAAGUCAAAUUUAGGCAAAAUGGUUUCUCCUGGAGUUAAACUUUCUCAGAAGCAACGAAAAAUGAUUGCAUUGACUACCAAAGAAAACAAUUCAGGAACGAGUAGCAUGGAAGCAGUUUUUAAAACCACUCCUUCCAAAGUCCCCAAACCAGUGAAUGCAUGGGCAUCUUCUCUACAUUCAGUUUCCUCCAAGUCAUUCCGGGAUUUCUUACUAGAAGAAAAAAAAUCUGUUAUUGGCCAUAGUUCAGGAGAUCAUGUCAAAAAAGUUUGUUUUAAAGGAACUGAAAAUUCUCAGGCUCCAAAAGUUGUAAGAUGCUCUGUUCAUGGUACCACAGGACCAGAAGGCAACCAUAUUUCAGAUGUACCACUUUUAGACAGUUCAAAUCCCUGGCUCUCUUCUUCACUGACUACUUCUUCCAUGGUAGCUCCCGUCACUUUUGCAUCUAUUGUAGAAGAAGAGCUACAACAGGAAGCAGCUCUUAUCAGAAGUCGAGAAAAACCCUUGGCUUUGAUUCAGAUUGAGGAGCGCGCUAUACAAGAUUUAUUGGUUUUCUAUGAGGCAUUUGGCAACCCUGAUGAGUUUGUCAUUGUUGAAAGGACACCGCAGGGACCACUGGCAGUACCUAUGUGGAAUAAGCAUGGUUGCUAGUUCACUGUGGAGUUGAGAUGCAUUUUUCAUAAUUGUGAUUGCUAUAACAACAUAAAGCAAUGCUGUGGAACAGAGUUCUUAAAGAUUUGGUAGCCAAUCAUUGCUUACAAUGAUCUAAUUUCUUCACUGUAGUUCAUAGCAUUUGUUUGAUUAAAAAGAAAUUCACCACAAUUGUAAUUUUAGAAAAUUUUGUGAAAAUGCUUCAGAGGAAAAACUUACUAAGUUAAAGUUAAAUAGGAUUGUUUCUUCUGAAUAAUCUUACAAAGGAUUAUUCCGUGAAGUAUAAAAUUUAAGAGUGAUACAUUAAAAUAAAUUUUUCAUUUGAGAUAAUUUUUUGUCACAUACUUGUUGUCACUCUGCUUUUGUCAUAUGGCAUUGAUGAGCUUAACGUAGGAGCAUCAGUUGUUGUUUCUGAUCCUCCAUUAAUGGCCAGAAUUUUGUGUUUGUUAUAAUAGUUAACUCUAUUCUUAUUGCUUUUCCAUCAAGCUGUUAAUGUUUUAUGUCUCUUUUAAGCAUGACCUGCUCAAAUGCCUUAUUUGUUUGUAGAGUACAUUGUUCCUUUUGAUUUAAGUGAUAGAUUACAGUGGAAAGAAAAUAAGAACACUUAACUAUUCUGAACAUUUUAGUCCAAGAUAAUAGUUUCUUUGUAAAAUUUGGAGUCAUUGUAGAUGGUUUUUGUUUGUUUGGGGGGGUGGAAUGUGGAGGGAGGACAUUGUGAAAGACUAAUUGAAAGAAUCAGUUUCUCAAAGUGUUAAAAUUUCCUAAAACAAAUCCUUGGUUACACACACAAGAAUGGAGGAGAGUUGGUUUACAAUUAUCUUUAUAAUAUUGUAUAAUAAGUUCUGUGAAUCUAGGUUAUAUGUACAGAUGUAAAAAUUGUUUUCUUUACAGUAUGCUAUUUGAUUUGCUUUUGAGUGUUUAAUUUUUCUUAAUGUUAACUCUGUGAUCCAUUAUGUAGACAAAUUGGGAAGGUUCAUGUUCGAGUUUCUGGAAGGUAAACCUGGGGGAACAUAUAGGCAACUAGUUGCUAUAAUUCAUUUGAUGAGAAAGUGGCAGAAGCUUACUCAGUAUUUCAGGUUUAACUCUACCUAGAAGCAGAGACAUGUAAGCAAAUGUGCAAUAAAAAAAAAUCUUUAUCCAUUCA